GGGCUCAGCUUCAGCUUCUCAGCUUCAGUGAAACAUCGUCAGGUCAGAUCACUGAGAAGAACAAUGGAAGGCACAUCUCACUGUCUGAUCUUUCUGAUCUUCUUGCUGAGCUGCUCAACAGAUCCAGUCCUCCCAGUUCGUCUGACUGUGAGUCCCAGCAGAUCUCAGUUCUUUGAAGAUGAAUCUGUGACUCUGACCUGUGAGGAUGGAUGGACUGUGAGGAGAAACACAACCAGAGGAAACAUAACUCAGUGUGGAGAUCAAUGGGGAGAAGAUGAUGGUUCCUCCUGCAGCCUGAUCUACCUCCUCCCAUUAGAUACUGGUCUGUACUGGUGUGAGUCCAUGUCUGGAUCCUCCAGCAGCAGCAGCAGCAUCCAGCUCUCUGUCUCUGGUGGAUCAGUGAUCCUGCAGAGUCCUGUCCUCCCUGUGAUGGAGGGAGAUGACGUCACUCUGAGCUGCAGAGCAAAGAAUCCAACCCACAACCUCCCAGCUGCUUUCUAUAAAGAUGGCUCCUUCAUUGGUGAUGAAACUACUGGCAACAAGACUCUCAACUCAGUGAAGAAAUCUGAUGAAGGCCUCUAUAAAUGUAAUGUCAAAGGUCAUGGAGAGUCUCCAUCCAGCAGGAUCUCUGUCAAAGAGAAACCAUCAACCACUUCUGGUCCUCCACCCUCUCCAUCCUCUCCAUCCUCUCCACCUUCCUCCCAGUCUGGUCUCUUCAUCCCUCUAUCAUCUGUGAUUGUUGUGGUUUUCCUGCUGGUUCUACUGGUUUUACUGGUUCUGCUGGUUCUGCUGGUGAGACGACGUCUUCAGAGAAAACCUGAAGGAAAUCAAGACGUUGGAGAGGAAAGUAUCACUUACAGCGACAUCAACGUUUCUCAUCAUCCACGACAGAAAAACAAAUCAAAUGAAGAUAUUUUUACAGUUGCAGUUUUUUCUCUGAAGUUCAGGACGAAUCAGUAAUAUUCUGAGAUCAUCCACCGGACCAGAACCAGAG